AUGAGUGAACACAACUUCAAAUCGUGGACCAACAAAGCAGAAACCUAUUCAUCGAGAGACGAUGUACAGAAGUUGAUGCACGACUACCAAGUAAGCCUUAUCGAUGUGAAUGUCAAGCAUUCCAUACUGUGUAUGCUACAACAGAAACGAGGAAAAGACACACAAGCGACGAUUGAUGGAAAUGAAAGGCAGAUUAAAAAGUAAGUUUUUAAGUUACAUCAAUUUUUUAAUUUCAUCCAGAGAUCAGAACGGGCACAUUAGGCUUAAUCUUUCUAAAAAAAGUGCGAUCAGGCCAAAAAUCAAGCCGAUUCUUGACUUAAAAAAAAACCAAGCCUAGCCCUUAAUCCGGAAAGAAAAAUCAAGUGUAACUUUUGGACUGAAAAGAAAAAUCAAGCGUAGCCCCUAAAGUAAGAAGAAAAAUUAAGCUUAGCUUUUGAACGAAAAAAUCAAUUCCAGUCCUUGAACUAGUACAGCCCUUGGACUAGAAAGAAAAUCCAACCCAGUGCUUGGACUGGAAAGAAAAAACCAAGUGCAGUCUUUGAAGUCAUUUAGCAACUGGAUUAGAAAGAAAAAACAAACCUAGCCCUUGGACUGGAUAAAACAUUGAGCUCAGCCCUUAAACUGGAUUUAUAAAACUCAAGCCCAGACCUUCAGCUAGAUAAAAACCUUUCAAAAACAAUAUAGCCUAACCAUUUAUCGACCCAAAAUUACCGUAUACAUUUCAGAAUAGCGGACAGUAUUGUCGAAAGCCAGAAAACCGAAGAGAUCCUCAACGACAAAUGCCAUUUGUGUUUAGAAGAAAAAGCUAAACAACCUAUGUACUGUGUAUUAUGUGCCAAAGUUAUUUCGUGCAAAAGUUGUCUACAACAAUACUUUCUCGAGUGUACAUCAAGCACGGUCAAGUGUUUAAAUUGCCAAAGAGAAUCAUUUCUGAAUCACAUCUUGUUUCGGGAGUUACCCAGAGUUGACUACCUUUAA